ACAUCACAAGCACUCCCAUAGACCUCACUCCCUCCUCCUCCACCCCUUCCUCCAUGUUCGACUCCACCGGCAACAUCGGCGGCUUCGGCUACGGCAUCGGCAUCUCCGUUGGCAUCCUCCUUCUAAUAACAACCAUAACUCUAGCCUCCUACUUCUGCACUCGCUCCUCCACCACCUCUCCACCGACCACCACCUCUCGCCGGCGACCCACUUCUCCUACUGACACAUCAUCGGUGGCCGACAUCGAAUCCGGUAUCGAUGAAGCCACUCUUAGGAGCUAUCCUAAGGUGACUUAUUCAGAGGCCAAGCUUAAAGGGAAAAAAAGCUCAACAGAGACUUGUUGUUCAAUUUGUUUAGCUGAUUAUAAAGAUACUGAUGUUCUCCGGUUGUUGCCGGAGUGCCGGCACUUGUUUCAUCUAAAGUGUGUUGAUCCUUGGCUGAGGCAGCAUCCUACAUGUCCUGUUUGCCGGACCUCGCCGGUGCCGUCACCCCUUCCGACGCCUCUUGCUGAGGUUGCACCAUUGAGAGAGGUGUGA